AUGAUUGCCAAAAGAAGAACGGCUGUGGAAGGACCGGAGAUCCGUUUUCCAUUCAUUCGUUCGACAAGCAUCGAGGUGGAAAUCGGAGAAGUAAAAGACGGAGAAAUUCGGCUGAAAGUAACUCCGGAAGUUGAAAUAACAUCAAGUGACACCAAUCAUCUGACCCUGAUAACUGAACCAGCUACAGAAUACGCGGUUACGGUCUUUGUUGUUUUGGAUCAGGAGAGAGAUAUCCAGACGAGCGAAAUGACGCGGAUCGUUCGAAGCUCACCGAGUCCCGAGGAACUCGAUGUACAAGUUUCGAUGGUUGAUGGCAAAUUUGACGUAAAUGUCAACGGAAUGGAUGAUGCUGAAUCGUAUAAUAUAGAUGUCAUUUCGGAUAGAGCUGGGGAAACUCAGCUUUCAGGAAGUAUUCGGUCCUUUUCCGUUGCUGAAAACCACGCGACGCUCGAAGAUAUGGAAUUAUCACGUAAAGACUCAUUGACUUUUUACGUCGCAGCGAAAAUGGGAAGAAGCAGUGCAGGAGAAGUUCGAGAGACAGAUGCAAUCGCUAUCGAAACUCCUUUCCGUUUAUGUAAUUGGGUCGAGGAGGAAUCGAGACUAUCUUGCACAGGGAAAGAUGAUCUUAGGAGUCAAAUCCUCACUUGGUCAGUCAUCGGCGACAGGGUUCAAGUGAAUGUCAAGGAUAUCGGGCAAACUGACAUUGCUUGCGACUUGGUGAAGGUUUUAAAUGUGGAUAAUAAUUUGCUAAAUGGAGUGGAACUCAAGUCGUUUUUAUCGAAAUUCAAAAACGUUGAACGGCUCAAUGCGUCUAAAAAUCGAAUUUCUUCCUUGCCUUAUGAUACCUUCAUGAACACUCCAAAAUUGUGGAAAAUCAACCUGUCGGAAAAUUUUAUCGAGACAUUCCACAAGGACACCUUUAUUUUCACCCAAGCACUUCAGGUUCUCGACGUGAGCAACAAUCCAUUAGCCUUCUGUGGAUUAGGAAUCGGCCAUUUGAGAACGCUAGAAAGCAAAUUACGAAUCCUGGAUCUUCGGGCAACCAACUUUCCAGCGAAGCUCGAAGGUCACUGGAACGCACUUAUGCUUUAUUAUGACGUAGGUGAAGCACCGCGAAUUAUUCACCAAGAAGGGAUUUAG